AUGGGUCUGAAAUGCAAUAACUUAAAAUGUAGACGCAAUAUUCUAAAAAUUUGUCUAAUUACAAAUUGCUCACAUGUAUUUUGUCAAUCUUGUUUACAUAAUGUUAAAAAAUCAAAAAUUUGCACUGCUUGUAAAUCUUUAUGCAAUGAUUCCGACAUGUUUAUUCGCGAGCUUGAGGUGUUACCAAAUAUAGCUGGUUUUACACCGUCGGAGAUAUUUGAAUCAUGUAGAAAUGCUAUUUCAUUCUGGCAGUACCAAACUGAGCAAGAGCAUGCAAUUUUUAAUGCAAUAAAUGAACAAGCUGAAAAAACAAUUACAGAAUCUAAAUAUGAAAUCAAAAGUAUCAAAGCAAAUUAUGAAUUAGAAAUUGAAUCAUUAAAACAUGCUUUAGACCGCGUAGAAAGAUCUUUAGAACGAGAAAGACAAAAUAAUUAUGAUUUAAAUGUGCAAUUAGAAGAAAAAAUUAAACAAUAUCAAAAACUUAUACAUAAUGCUGAAAAAUCAAAAUAUUAUAACAACCGAUUAGGAGAUAUUACUAAUAUCAAAAAUACACCAAAAGAUAUAAAUAAAUAA